AUGGUAGCAGAUGCUAUAAAAGGUACUAUAGAAGUUACAAAAGGUUUAAAUGAUAUAAAAUCAUCAAAUUUGACUUUUGCAAAAGAAGCACUCCAAAUAACAGUUCAAGCGGGUGAAGCUAUAACACCAUUUAUACCAUUAAUUGGAUUAGCUUCUACUACAAUUGUAGAAAUUGUUAAAAUAUAUCAAACCUCACAAUAUAAUAAAAGGAUUUGUAAUUCAUUAUUAGAUAGAGCAAGGUUAUCAGAAAUCGCAAUUGAUCAAUUGAUUCGUAGAAGAAAAGAAAAUGAAAAAAAUUUUAAAAGUCAAAUAUGGUAUAAUGCGUUUGAUAGAUUUGUUUUUAUUUUAGAUAAAAUGAAAACUUUUGCUGAAAAAGUUUCACAAUUACAAGGAUUUAAAGUUUACUUUAAAGCUAAAAAAGUUUCGGAAAAAUUUAAUACGCUUAUGAAUGAAUAUGAUAAUGCUAUGAAAGAUUUAAAUUUCACUAUCGCUAUCGUUAAUGAACAACAAAAACAAAUUGAUAAUGAAAGUUUGAAUGCUGAUAUAGGCGAGAUGAAAGAGUUUCUCGAAAAAAUUGAGAAUAAUAAUGAAGAGAAUAGUGUCAAAAUGUCCCUCAUUUAUGAAGAAGUUCAAAAUAUAAAGUCAAUGAUAUCAAAGUCUGAAAUUAAUGAGACGAAAAGAAUAGAUAGUAAUAAAUUAACCGAACCAGUAGUAGGAAGACAGAGUGAUACGCGUGGUUCUAGUAGGGGAAAAACAAAAAAAAGAAUUUAUAUGAAUGCUAUCGAAGUAGCUUGUAGAACUAUUAAUAUUCCUGAAAAAGAUUCUAAAAUGACACAACGUUUUUUGGCUAUUUGUAUAAAAGCUACUCAAUCCCCAAAUAUUAUUCAAUUUUACGGGCUUUCAAUUAUUGAUGGUUCUACAGUUAUGGUUUUAGAAUGGGCUGAGCUUGGGAGUCUAAGGGAACUAUACAAAGAAAACAAAAUUCCUUUGAAACUAAAGUUAUCUUAUGCACUUGAUAUUUGUCGUGGUAUCGCUUAUUUAAACGCAUUAAAUAUUUAUCACCAUGACUUGAAGUGCAGUAAUGUGAUGGUAACAGAAAAACAUGUAGCGAAACUAACAAACUUUUAUCUUUCGCGUGAUAAAGAUGGAAGGACAACAUCAGUUUUUAAUCGAAUUGAGAACGGUCGUUGGCUUGCUCCUGAAAAAUUAAAAGACAAUAAAUACCGUUAUGAUCAUAAAUGUGAAAUUUUUAGCUUUGGAAUGCUCUUAUGGGAAUUAACUUUUGAAAGAAAACCCUAUGAAAACAUGGAUCUUGAAAAAAUUUCAAAUUAUGUAAUUAAUGGCGGAAGAGAAAAGAUUCAAUUUGAACAGAUAGGUCUUGCUUCACCUAAUUCACCUGACGCUAAAAUCCAAAAAGGAUUUGAAGAGAUUAUUAGAGAAGAAAUGGCAAAACUUUGGUAUAAACGAGCUGCAUUACAAAAUGAUAAAAAGGCCAAAGAAAGAUUAAAGACACUAGGAGUAGAUGAUGGGUCACAUUGUUUAUUAUAA